AUGAAAUGCAAACAUGAAGACGACUCAUCUGAGAAUUCAGCAAAAGAAAAAGGUUUAAAGAAAGCAUACGUUAUUUUCUGGAAAUCCUCGCCUGCAAGUCCUCUGAAUCUUAUUAUCAUUAAAGAAAAAUCGCCAUGGCCGUCAUCUAUUGAAAAGACAGAUGCUCUCAAGGAAAUCACCAGCAGCGUCAAUAUGUUGUGGCUGCGUUAUCAGCCAAUAGACUCUGAAUCCUACACCUUGUAUGCCCAACCUAGUAUGUAUUUCAAAUGGCCUCACUUUCUUCAAACAAAAGUUGAGAAAAAAGCUCUUAUAACUGAAGAAGUACCGGAAACUGCCACUUCUAAAGCAUACUUCUAUUGCAAGCUCAAAUAA